AUGGACGAUUCUGAUAUGGACCCUCCUAUUGAAUCAGAAUGCAAAUCACUGGACAAAGAUCUUCCUUCAUCAAAAUUUGAUGAAGAUUUUACUAGUUAUGUAGAUUUAUAUUCUUUAGAAGAUGUUUCACUAGACAAAGAAGAUAAAACUUAUUUUUCUAAAUGGUAUACAAGUUUUUCAGAAAAAUUUUCACAUUAUUAUAAAGAAAAAGCGAAAGAAAAGAAUGAAAAUAUUAGUCCAAAGCGUUGUAGGAAUUUGAAUUACCACAUUAAUUAUUUAAUAUUCCAAAUUUAUCAAAAAGAACUUGAUUAUAAAAAUGAAGAAGAUCAAAAAUUAUUCAAAUCUUCUAUUGAAAGUUUAAAAAAAAAUAUAAAAUCACUAUUUGCUGUAAGUGAAAAAAUCAACUGUGAACGAGACGAAAAAGAUUAUACAUCGUCAAUGAACAUAGUGAAGAAAUUAGAUGAUUACUGUGAAAACAGGGAUCAUUUACGUAGUGUAAUAAAGGAUAAAAAAGAAAAAUGUCAAGACUUGAUUGAUUACGUAAAUAAGAAAUACGAUUGCUUUUUUAACAAUGAUUCUUGCAUCAUUGAUAUAGAUGCAGAAGAAAAGAAAACUUUUGCCAUAUCUGAUGAUUGUACACUUUAUAAUAUUCCUAAAACGUUUUCAUAUUUCGAAUGUAACAACUAUGAAUUGCCUUAUAGGAUACAGUCUAUUCCACACUGUCCAAGCCAAUAUGCAUCAAUUUUUGAUCAAAUUGUGGCACCUUUAAAAUACUAUAUAGAAGACGUUCCUUACUUGAACGAAAUACUAAAUUAUCCCCAAUAUGCAUGUUUAGCGGUAUUUGGAAUUGUUUUAAUACCUCCUAUUUUAUGUAAAGUAAAACAUAAUAUAUUAAAUAUGUACCUGUUCAAAUGUACAUAUAAUUCUCCGUACAAUUUGUCAUUACGGAACUCCCAUAAUCGAUAA